AUGCUUCUGCUUCAACAAUCCGUCCUGGUCGCAGCUUUUGCAGCUGGUCUUACCAACGCCAUUCCAACCACCAAAAGAGCCCCCGAGAGCCUUGUAGUGCUUGAGCAGUUUGAAACCGAGUUCGGCACAGCUACUUGGUAUGGUGACGCUGAAGACAGCCCCAUUUCGAAGAGGGCCCCUGAAAACGAGGCCACCAGCCUGAACCGUCGCUGCGGCAGUAACGCAGUCACAUGUUCAGGCUCUCAUCAGGGCCCAGCAAGUGCCUGUGCGCAGUUGAUCGUCUCCAUCGCCGGCCCACGAUCCGGCCAGUCGGUUCCCUCGAGCCCGCGCUCUUUUUGUCUGACCGGGUCUGGCGGCAACUGCUGUGUCAGCUGGGCCAACCCCCUGUCGAACGCAUACUAUUCUCAGUUGGUUCCUGCUGCCCAGAAGGUCAAUAACCAAUGCCAGUCGGGCGGUUGGGUCUCAGGCCUGAGCCGUGACACCCUUAUUGGGAACACUUGUACCACCCAAUGCUUGUCUGACCGUCCCAAUGGGUGUUCAUAG